AUGGAUAACCUCUAUUUCUCUUAUAGUGGCGUAAUGCGUCCAACCCAGAGUUUGAGAGUGCUCGAAGAGGAAUUCUUUGAAGGAUCAGAUAUGAUCUUUUCGGAAGGUCUCGAGUACUCCAUCGAUUUUAGCAGGAAAAUCGGGACCGGUGCGUAUGGAAAUGUGCAUCCGGGAAGGACUCAGUCAGGGCGAAGAGUUGCUGUCAAACAUGCCAGGGACGACAAAGAAGUUCGUGCUGCUCAAAAAGAGGUCGAGUCUAUCGUCGUACCGACACAUAAAUGGGCAAACGGCACACUCCCUGAACGGCUUUCCAAAUUUGCUAUGGAACGUGCAUGUAUUCUCUUGAUAAAGGUUAGAAAUUUGCGAGGACUCCCCAAAGAAGUCAUAAUUGAUCUCCUAUGUGACUCAGUCUCUGCUCUAACGACAUUGAAAGAGCGUGGCAUAGCUCAUCGUGAUAUCAAGCAUCUUAAUAUUUUGGUAUUCCCUGGGUCAACAAAAGGAAGAAGGUCACAAUAUUUAUUCAAGUUCUGUGAUAUGGGUGUUUCGAGUUUUGUACAUGAAGACGGAGUAAUGCAAACACUUGUCGGAACACCUAAUGCUUUGGUAAGUUUCCUUCACAAGUAA